AUGCCACUGCUAUCGCUCUCCAAGACGUGGAUUUUGGCUUUGACCCUGGUGCCAACCCUUUCGGUGGAGGCUUGGACUCUUCCUUCCAGCCAGUUGCCUGCCAGAACAAGAUCAUCGCUCUGGAUCGAGAAUGAUCCAACACAACUACCCAUCUCCACAAGUCAUCAGACCCUAUCCAAGACGACUUCAAGGACACGACGACGAAAAUCUCGUGCCAGUCUUCUUUAUCAAUCUGCAACGCAAGAAGAUGCUACCAACGGUGCUCUUGUUUUCCCCGAAAUCACUCUGUACAAUUCCUUGACACGUCAAAAAGAGACGCUCUCACCACUCCAAAAAGGCCAAUUUUCCAUGUACACGUGUGGUCCCACCGUGUACGAUUACGCCCACGUGGGCAACUUUCGCGCCUUUUUGACCUACGAUGUCUUGAAACGAGCGCUCCAAUACUUUGGCUACACCGUCACGCACAUUUGCAAUUUAACCGAUGUGGACGACAAAAUCAUUCAACGGGCCACCGAAUUGGGAUUGGAAUCCGCGCUGGAAUUGACGCAAAAAUUUGAACGACUCUUUCGAUUGGAUUUACACGCACUCAACAUUGUCCCCGCCGACGGGUAUCCUCGUGCCACUGAUCAUGUCGAGGAAAUGAUGGAUAUGAUUGCCACACUGCACGACAAGGAAUUGGCGUAUGAGACAGCCGAUGGAUCUUGGUACUUUCGCACACAGGCACAAGAAGGAUAUGGACAACAGUUGGUGCAGUUUAGUAGUCAAGCCAGUGAGGAAUACAAUGCCGAACAAGAGGGAUUGGCAACGGUAAAUGAGGAUGGCAAGGAACAUUUUCAAGACUUUUGUCUUUGGAAAGCCUACAAGCCUGGUGUCGAUCGAGACGAUUUGGUAUGGGAACGACCGCCUCUCUUUCAAAAAGGACGUCCCGGGUGGCAUUUGGAAUGCAGUGCUAUGGCACAAAAGUACCUGGGAGACACCAUUGAUUUGCAUGGAGGGGGUGUCGACUUGAAAUUUCCCCACCACGAAAACGAGAUUGCCCAGUCGCAGGGAUGCACGGGCAAGACAUUUUGCAAUUGCUGGUUCCACAAUGGGUUUGUCAAUAUCAACUCGGAGAAAAUGUCAAAGUCGCUCGGAAACUUUUUGACACUCACCACGGCAUGUCCUUCGGCGGUCGACGUUCGAGCCUAUCGGUAUCUGGUCGUCUCCAGUCAAUACCGUAAUCCUCUCAACUUUUCUCCGGAUGCCAUGAAGGCAGCCAAGAGUGCCUUGAAACGCAUCGAUGCGGUACAAACACAAUUGACAGAAGCAUUGAAAGAUGCAAAAGAAUUAGGUGACGGGAGUGACAGCAAAAUUGCUCAGGAAACCGUCCCCAAGGCUCUGCAAAACUUUGAAGCGGCACUCCUAGACGACUUGAGUAUGCCCCGUGCAGCUGCAUCACUCUUCGGAUUGGUCAAGGCCGCCGAAAAGGAGUUGAAACGAGUUGCCAAGAAUGACGAUGCAUCCUUGGAUCUACCCGGACUGGCGGCUAUCCAAUCCGCCUUGGAACAAAUGGACAAAGUCUUUGGAAUCUUUUACGACGUACCAGACACACACGCAUCCGCCACCGAAAAGGAAGACGACAGUGUGGUUCCGGAGGAAGUAAUGGAAUUGGUGUCACAACGGACAGCCGCCAAGGAAUCCAAAGACUGGGAACUGGCGGAUUCUUUGCGGGCACGCAUUACCGAGCUGGGAUUCGCCGUCAAGGAUGUCAAGGGUGGUGAGCCCCUGGUCAGUCGAUUAGACUAA